AUCCGUCAAGUGACAGUCGACGAAGCAGCGUUUGAGAAACAACAACCAGAGACAUUUAUACUCAUCGUUCAUGUUUAAAGAGCCGAUUUAAAAACAUGGCACAGAAAAUCAAUGAAGCUCACGAGCACAUCGCCAAGGCUGAAAAAUAUUUAAAGACAAGCUUUAUGAAGUGGAAGCCGGAUUAUGACAGUGCUGCAUCAGAAUAUGCUAAAGCAGCUGUUGCCUUCAAAAAUGCCAAACAAUUGGAGCAGGCGAAAGAUGCCUAUUUGCAGGAGGCCGAAGCGCACACCAAUAACAGAACUCUUUUCCAUGCUGCCAAGGCCCUCGAGCAAGCAGGUAUGAUGCUAAAAGAUAUGCAGAGACUACCUGAGGGAGUGCAGUACAUAGAGAAAGCCAGUAUGAUGUAUGUUGAAAAUGGCACACCAGACACUGCAGCCAUGGCCCUUGACAGAGCUGGAAAGUUGAUAGAACCACUGGAUUUAUCUAAAGCUGUUCACUUGUACCAGCAAGCUGCAUCAGUGUUUGAGAAUGAGGAUCGACUACGGCAAGCGGUGGAACUUGUGGGCAAAGUGUCAAGACUUCUUGUUCGACAACGGAAGUUUGACGAAGCAGCAGUAUCACUUCAAAAGGAGAAGAGCAUGUAUAAAGAAAUAGAAAAUUAUCCGACUUGUUUUAAGAAAACAAUCGCACAAGUGCUGGUCCAUCUACACAGAGGAGACUAUGUGGCGGCAGAGAAGUGUGUGCGAGAGAGCUACAGUAUCCCAGGCUUCAGUGGAAGUGAAGACUGUGCUGCGAUGGAGCAGCUUCUGCAGGGUUACGAUGAGCAGGAUGAAGAUCAGGUUUAUCGUGUGUGUAAUUCACCACUGCUAAAGUAUAUGGACAAUGAUUAUGCAAAGCUCUCCCUCAGCCUGAGAGUGCCUGGAGGAGGGAAGAAGAAACCUGCUGCUGCUGCCAGUGGAGAUGCAGAUGUGAAUGCUGAAGCCGCUAAGCCAGAGGAAGAGGAUGAUGAAUAUGCUGGAGGACUCUGUUAAAUAUCUGAUCCUGGACGCUUACAGGAGGACAGAUUCAGUAGCUCAGAGCUGCUAAACCAAAUAUUUUGCAUCUUAAACAUUUUCAAUAUCUAAUGCCUGUGACUCCUUCAUGAAGGUGUUAGCAUGAUUGUGUUGUAUGCUGAUGAUCUUGAAAUAUAUACCUGGACUGGAGAUAUUUGUGUUUUAAGAUGUUUUCUAAACCAUUAAGGAGAGAAAAUUGUCAAACUGAGAAGAAAAAACAAAGUGAUUCUUUACAACAUGGAAGCAACAUUUUUACACAACUAAAAGUUUAUUUAUUUGGCUUUUCCUAUAAACUCUCUGUAUACUUAAAAUUUAUAUUCACUUUCUAGAGCAUUUUCAGGCAUACCCAAAUCUGAGAUUGUUCAGUUGAUAGAGGUGAUAUGUUCGUGCACUAAAUGAAAUUACCUUAAAUGUUGAAUGGGACCUUUUAUGGUUGAAUCAAAAAGUGGUCUUAUUGUGUUGAUGUAUAUAGUACUGAAUACUACAGAAGUAAUUAUAAUUACAAGUAUAUAUGAUGGUCAUUUCUUUACAUCUAUAUGCUGGAAAUUGAAAAACAGUUCCUGCUUUAUCCUAAAAAAGGAUUGUAUUUGCAUUAUGUUUGUAAUUUCAAUAUUGUUUAGACUCAUUCACAGUAAUUUUAACAACUGAUUCUUUUCUAUACUGUAAUUCUUUUAAAAAUUCUUCUAAAUGUCAAUGCAAUAAAAAAAAAAGCAGGACUUCUCACACAAAUGCAUGAAAUGCCUUAAUAUUGUCUGAAUAAUUAAAUAUGUUAUGAAUGGAGAAUGAAAAAUAUGUUUGUGAUUGCAUGGGCUGCGAAUACCAUUAAAGACUGAAUAAAAUGAGUAA